UGAUAGGCACACAAUUUUCUAUAAACGCCUACAUUUGUUUAUGCUAACUUACUUUCUAUGUAUUUUUUUUAUAUAUAUGCAGAUUUGUCACGCAAGCAUUAUCACACUUCACAAUACAACUUAUUUUGUAUUCAUAAAUAUAAAAAAAAAAUCAGCAUGGGUAUUACUUCCGGGACGUUUAGUUGUGUUUCCGGUAGGUCAUUCAUCAGGCUACCGUUAACCGGCUAACCUAGCGUUACUCCUCUUAGCUAUGGAGAAUAACGUUGUAGAGAACCCACUCCUGCAGAAAGCUCAAAGACUCUGUGACAGUAAUGCAUGGACCAUAAUAAUGACUGGACACAUACGGGAUCUGGAUUGGACGCCUACCGCUGAGAGCUAAGUGCAAUCACAAAUCAUCAGUCAGCAUCGCCCAGGAGUGGGCCUAGUUCCUGCAACUGCCACUUUUUCACCACAUAAUUAAACUGUCAUGUCAUUACCAAAGGAGUCAGGGGAUCGAGGGAAAGACAGAGAGCGGGGGGCUCGUCCCAAGGUGAGACAGAGCCGGUCGGAGGAAAGAAGAGACACAGGUGGAGGGCGUAAAGGUGGAAAGGGGAAGAAGAAAGGCCUUGCCUCUUACGAGCCAGCGACAGAACGGCCUGUCAGCGAUGGCUUUGAAUAUGGUGAGCUCUUGAGUAGUCUAGAGACCGGGGACCAGUCUUCUUCCUCUCCUCAGAAGGAAGGCAGGAGGUGGCAGGGCUUGGAAGUUGCUUCCUCAUUCCUAGGAGAAGACCAGAAAGCUACCAGACCAGUACAGGGACCAGUCAGUGCGGCCACUGAUAUACCUCCCACCAGUGAGGGUGAGGGCAGAGGGGUGAGUGGCAGUCGCACUCUCCGACAAAAAAUCCAAGAUGCGAUGGGCCAGUGUUUCCCCAUAAAGACACACAGCACUGCCUCUCAGGCACCACCACCAACGUCACAGGCUCUCGCAGCGUCGGCUGCUUCAGCCUCCUCCAGGCGGAAGAUCCAUCUCAGUGAGUUGAUGCUGGAUGACUGCCCCUUUCCUGUAGGCUCAGAGCUUGCCCAGAAGUGGUACCUCAUCAAGCAGCACACAGCCCCAAUAACGCAGCCUCCUCUACUUGAUACCAUGAUGACCAGCAGUGCUUCAACUUCAACCAUAGCUACUGUAGUGGAGGAUGUUGAUGACAGGCUGCGAGAGCGCAGGCGCAUAAGCAUCGAGCAAGGUGUCGAGCCGCCACCCAAUGCAGAGAUCCACACGUUUGAGGUAACGGCCCAAAUCAACCCGCUUUACAAGCUAGGCCCAAAACUGGCCCAUGGUAUGAAUGAGUUGGCGGUGGACGACAGAGCCACUGUCCGUCAGCAACAACAGCUGCUUCUCCAAAGGCAGCAGCAGCACCAGCUCCUAUUACAAAGCUGUCUGGACACUCUGGAUGAGGUUGUGGCCUCUGCUUCAGCAUCAGUGUCCGCCCCGACUUGCGAUACUAUCCCCGAUCACUUAGUUGACCCAGAGGCUGCAGCAGAGUGCCAGUCACCGUCCGGAGCCAUGCUCUGCGGGACCGAGCAUCCCAAAUCUCAGGAUGGGUACCGCAUUCACACUCAGAUUGAUUACAUUCACUGUUUAGUUCCAGAUCUGCUGCAGAUCACUAACCUCCCCUGUUACUGGGGGGUGAUGGACCGCUAUGAAGCAGAGACCCUGUUGGAGGGGAAGCCUGAGGGGACCUUCCUUCUCCGUGACUCCGCCCAGGAAGAAUACCUCUUCUCUGUUAGCUUCCGCCGCUAUGGCCGCUCGCUGCACGCCCGCAUUGAACAGUGGAACCACAAUUUUAGCUUCGAUGUGCACGACCCCAGCGUGUUCCACGCACCUACCGUCACAGGUCUGCUGGAGCACUACAAGGACCCAAACUCCUGUAUGUUUUUUGAGCCUCUGCUGUCUAACCCCAUCCACCGCACACAGCCCUUCAGCCUGCAGCACAUCUGCCGAGCGGUCAUCAGUAGCCGCACCACCUAUGACGGCAUCAACACGCUGCCCAUUCCAAACGCUUUGAAAAAGCGCCUGAAAGAAUACCACUAUAAACAGAGAGUGCGUGUACGGAGAAUGGACACCUGGUGGGAAUAAGCUGGAUUUUGUUAAGAUUUAGAUUGAAGGAAAAAAAAACAAAACAAAACUAUACUACUACUACUACUACUACUAAACCCCCCCCCCCCCCCACACAUUUUAUGAUUCAAGUCCUUCCUACUGAACAAUACUCACUCUAUUUGGCUAUAUUGUAAUCUGCACUACACUGUAACUAUUUAUUUUCUGCCAUGUAAGUCUUACAAUUGUCCUUAACUGUGUGGAUAAAUACAUUGUUAGUUCAAUUAUGUGCACUCAAAAUUCCUCAAUGCUCACAUUAAACAUAAAGCUCAAUUUAAUAAUA